CGAAGGUAGAUGGUACAUUCCAUCUACCAACGCCCUGGCAUCUUCCCCAUGCCUGAACCUCUCUCCCUCCUCUCACCCUUCUCCUGGUUUCCCUGGCUUCCUUUGGCCGACGAAGAGCUCCAAUCACUCUGGAUUCUGCCUAUCCCUAAACAUCCCACUGUUUGGGCGGGGGGAGAGCAUUCCGGGCAACCCUCUCCAGACAGAGGGCAUUGCCCACGCCUGCUCCUGGGCGGUGCCCAGGAUGCCCAGGAUGCCCAGGACCCAGAGAGACCGUGCGAAGAGGAAGGGGAGAAGGGGCGGAUCCCAGGAUCGACCACCUGACUGCAGCGGGCGGGGCCGGGGGAGGGCUACAGCCCCCUUGUUUGGACCGGUAGCCCUGGAGACGCUGGACUGAGACUAUCGGCUGGGGAGCCUGGAACGCACGCCCGCCCACCCUCUCGGCGGCCGGCUCGAGGUUCCCCAAGCAAGGGGCGCUGCAGAACCCUGCCCCGCCAGCGCUGAGGGUCUGCCAUUGCACCGGGCGCUCCUACGCUGAGGGGGAUGCAUUGCGUGCAUCGCGUGUCCUUGCCUCGCCCAGCAAAUUCUGGCAGAGAGGUUUAUGGAGACCUCUGAGGAUAGAAGCCACAAACUCUACUAUCUGCUCCUCCAUUCAGAAAUCAACUGAGUUCUAGAACCAGCAUCAGAAGUCGUGGGUUCAAGUGAGGAAACUGAGUGUCAGAGGGAUUACAUGAUCAACCUAUGCUCACAAGUUCAGGUUCUGAUCAAGAUGUCUGAGGUCACCAAAGAUAAGGCUUCUCGGUUACUGAAGAAAAGAGGCAGCAUGUCAUCAGUGAGCAGCCCUGACAUCAGGAGGAAGGAGAUCCAUGGCCGGGCCAAAGACUCAGUGAGUACCGUGUCUUAUGUCGAUGAGCCCAGCCACCAUGACGAUGCUUCCCGCCCUGCCGUUCAGAUGGAAAACACCUAUCAGCUGGGCCCUCACAAAUGUUUUCCUGUGGAUGUUGUCAAUCACAUUUUGAAGGAUGUACUAACUAAUUAUCUACAAGAAGAAAAAUAUGAACCUGAAUUGUGUAGACAGAUGACUAAAACAAUAGCAGAGGUUGUUAAGGCCCGGGUGAAAGACCUCAUGAUCCCAAGGUAUAGAUUCGUUGUGAUUAUCCACAUUGGGCAACUGAAUAACCAGAGCCUACACAUUGGGAGCCGAUGUCUCUGGGAUGUUGCAAAUGACACCUUUUCAUCCUUCAUCUUCAGAAAUACAUCUCUAUUUGCUCUAGCAACUGUCUAUGCUAUUUACCUUGAAUGACUGGAAAAGCCUCUUCUUGGAUGAAAAAUAGACUUUGAGCAGCACGUUUCAGUGAAGGCACAGAUGCACAGUUUGGAGCUGUACAUAAUUCAAUUCGAUUUAACAGACAUGUAGUAAGUUCCUGCUGUAUAAUUCUUGGAUCCUGCUUCAAGAUCCUUGGGUCAACAAUCUCCACAAAAUUGAAGAGUAGUAUCAUGCAUGGAGCAACAGAAGGUUCAGGGAGGUUGCACCCAUGGAAUUCAAUGGUGAACUCCAACGUAAGGCCUCAUCAAAUUGUACAAUACAAAGAGAAGCUGGGCCAGUCACAUGGUGGUGCCCAGAGGUCCUUCCUCGGUACCCUUGUGCCAGGAGAAACUGAGAAUGGCCUCCGGGACUUUGAGCAGCAAACUUAUGGGAGGAUAUGGAUGAAGGUCACAAUCAGCAUGAUUAGAGGGAAUAGAUCACAGAUCCCAUUGGAGGAUUGGAUUUAGUGCUGGACACUGAUACACAGCCAAAAAAGUUCCUUUCCUCAAAGAGCUUGCAUUCUAUUAGGGGGAGCACCAAGAAAUAAUAACAAAAUAACUAGCACUUCUAUAGUGCUUUGCAAAUACACCUCAUUUGGUCCUCACCACAACCCUGGGAUGUAGGUGCUCUUAUUAUUACCAAAUCCCGUGUUUUUUCUACUUGACAAAACUGCCUCCAGAAAAAGAAUGACGAAUAAAGCACAUGAGAACUC